UGGUGGAAACAAGCUGUGCAUAUUUCAGCAAUUUGAUUGAAUAUGCGAAGUUGGAUAGGUACCAAACGAUGGAAGAGUUUCGCUUGUAUGUGGAGCAGUGUGAAAAAACAAAAGCACUGCUGCCCGAAUGGUAUGAUCAUCGUGUCAAAGUUGAAACUGAGCUGCGUGGACUUGCACGGCAGCUUGAGGAGUGGGAAGUGGAAUCAAUUACAGCUGCAAUCAGUUCAAUGGUUGCAAGUGGCGUUGAACCUGCAGAUGUUGACAACCCUUCUACAGAUGCGAUGCCACGCUCAAGCGUGCCUCUGCGGCUGUCUAAAUCGGUUCAAAAGAAGAUCAGGAGAAAGAGGGGAAGGAGUUUUUUGUGCCGUCGUAAAAGUAAAGGUCCAACCUCGCUCGUAUUCGCUGUGAAGUGUGGUGGCGUAAGAGAGAAGAAAACUGUAGGUCGAAUGCUUGAGUCAGCGAGCAGUAAAGCCCUUCAGGACCAUAUUGACAGUACUGUAGCGUUAUUAGAGCAGGAUAAGACUUUGACGGAGAAUCUUGCUAAAGCUGUCGAAGGGCUUAUCGAGAAGGAAUGUCUUUUGCUACAAAAGAUCAAUUUUGGUGGGCACAGCGAGAAUGAUUUCUUCUUGCCACCGGAAACCAGUGCCAACGCCUUAAUUGCCGUUGUGUGGCGUCUCAGUCGCCAAAAUUUCUGCACGCCAAAAUUUCUAUGCGACAUGCUUGGUAUUUUGAUGGAUCUGAACUGGUCAUUGCAUCUCGCAGAAGCCGUCAGAGACAUUACGAAUCUGGCUCUCGAAGGUUCUCAAUAUCGCGGCGAAGUGUCAUUGCAGCUUCGCACUUUCGCUGACAAAGCUGGGCAAUGCCAGAGUGUUUGUCGCUUGAUAAUGGAAUAUUUGGAACUGCAGUAA